AUUGAUAAAAGUUCCCUUUCCCUCCCCUCUCUCUCACAGAGGUCGGUGACAGACCCAAACGAGAAAGACAGAACGCUUGCAUAACACAAAACCCUAGAAUUUCAAUUUUCGCAUGUUCGUCUUCUCUCAAUCCCAAUUUCAAAUCUUCAAUGGGUCGACCCGAACCAUGUGUUCUCUUCUCUCAGACCUUCGUUCACUCACAUCUCGAUGAGUACGUCGACGAGGUCGUUUUUAAUGAACCUAUUGUAAUCACCGCGUGUGAGUUCUUGGAACAGAGUGCGACAUCGGUUGCUCAAGCAGUACCACUUGUUGGGGCAACUUCACCUCCAUCAUUUGCCAUAGAGGUCUUUGUUCAUUGUGAGGGAGAGACGAGGUUUAGAAGACUUUGCCAGCCUUUUCUCUAUUCACAAUCAUCAUCAAAUGUAUUAGAAGUAGAGGCUGUUGUCACUAGUCAUCUAGUUGUGAGGGGCAGUUAUCGCAGUUUGAGCAUGCUUAUAUAUGGGAACACAGCUGAGGAUUUGGGUCAGUUCAACAUUGAAUUUGAUGACAACGCAUUGACUGAUCUUGUUGAUUCUACUGAGGGGAGGCUGGAAGACCUGCCACUUGCAUUGCAUUCUACUAAUUUUAUGGAAGAUUCACGCUUUUCUUUGAGUGUCUUGUCUAUUCCAGUUGCUGCGGCAGAUAUUUCUCUUGAAGUCAAACUUUUUUUACAGUUGAUGUUAAAGAUUUUGGAAUUUUCAGAGCUUGGGAAUGAUGGACCUAUUGGGGAUGAUGGCCAUAAAGUUGUAAGUACUGUAGUAUCUGCAAUCUCUUCCUACAUUUCUGGUGACAUAUGUGAAUCAAUCAGUGGAAGUUUGAAGAGAGCUGAGAAGUUUGAAGAGUUGCAUAAUGUUGUUAAUGAGGCACGAAAAGAGCUCCUUGAGGUUUAUAGGGUUUUCCGGCAAAAAUUUGGGAGCGAAUCCUCUGAAUGUUCAUCAGAAGGAAAUUAUUCUGAACUGGAGGCUGAAAUAUUGGAUUCCAAAACAUUGGUGGAUAUGUUUAACCAGAUUAAUCACUUUAGAAGACAGUCUUCAUAUAUAGGAGAUCACUUUCUUUCUCGGAGUGAGCAUGCUCUAUUAGGAUUGAGCAUGGCUUAUUUACUAUGUUCUGGUAGGCAGAGCUGUUUUCAGUUUGUUAAUGGUGGGGGAAUGCAGCAGAUUGCAAUGUUUUUUUCCAAGGAUUGGCAGAAUUCUACUACUAUUAUGCUUCUGCUUCUCGGUGUUGUAGAGCGGGCUACUAGGUAUUCUGUUGGAUGUGAAGGCUUUUUAGGUUGGUGGCCUCGGGAAGAUGAGAGUAUCCCCUCUGGUGUCAGUGAAGGUUAUAGCCAUUUGCUGAAGUUGAUACUAUCGAAACCUCGGCAUGAUGUUGCCUCUCUUGCAACCUAUUUGCUUCAUCGCUUACGAUUUUAUGAAGUUGCUUCAAGAUAUGAGUCUGCAGUUUUGUCUGUGCUGGGAAACACAAGUGCUUUUGGCAGGGUUACAGAUGUUGCUUUGAAUAUGCUCAGUUCAGCUGAAAUUCUGCUCAGAAAGCUCCUGAAAUUGAUAAAUUCACGUGGUCCAAUUGAAGAUCCUUCUCCUGUGGCUUGUGCAAGUAGAUCACUGAUUACUGGUCAAACAGAUGGAUUGUUGUCAUAUAAAACAACUUCCAACUUGAUCAGCUCUUCAAGUUGUUGCUUUUCAGAUUGGGAUAUUGAUUCACAUUUAUUGGGACUGUUGAAGGAGAGGGGAUUUCUUUCAUUAUCAACUGCGUUGUUGUCAUCAUCUAUACUGCGCGUGGAAGGGGGUCAUAUCAUGGAGAUAUUCAUGGAUGUUACAUCAUCUAUUGAGGCUGUGAUUCUAUCAUUUCUUUUUUGUCGUUCAGGCUUGAUAUUCCUAUUACAGGAUCCUGAACUAUCUAGUACUCUAAUCCAUGCCCUUAGGAGUGGUCAUCAUGGCAACAAGGAAGAUUGUAUUCCUCUUCGAUAUGCUUCCGUUUUGAUUUCGAAAGGUUUCUUUUGUAGUCCAGUCGAGAUAGGAAUGAUAAUUGGGAUGCAUCUAAAAAUGGUUAAUGCCAUUGAUUGUUUGCUUUCAUCAAAUCGACAAUCAGAAGAGUUCUUAUGGGUUGUGUGGGAACUGUCUGCUCUCUCAAGGUCUGAUUGUGGGCGCCAAGCAUUGCUUGCUUUCGGAAAUUUUCCAGAGGCCGUUUCCAUCUUGAUUGAAGCAUUAAGUUCUACAAAUGAAUCUGAACCUGUUGGAAAAAACGGUGGAUCUUCAGCAGUAAAUCUUACAAUAUUUCAUUCAGUUGCUGAGAUUAUUGAAGCCAUUGUUACUGAUUCCACAUCAUCAUCUUUGGGCUCUUGGAUUGGACAUGCUAUAGAACUUCAUAGGGCUUUGCAUUUCUCCUCUCCAGGUUCUAACAGAAAAGAUGCUCCCUCACGAUUGUUGGAAUGGAUAGAUGCUGGUGUAGUAUACCACAAACAUGGGGGUAUUGGUCUCCUACGUUAUGCUGCUCUAUUGGCUUCUGGAGGAGAUGCUCAGUUAACUUCGACUAGUGUCCUAGUUUCAGAUUUGACUGAUGUUGAAAAUGCUGUUGGAGAAUCUUCCAGUGGCUCUGAUAUCAAUGUCAUGGAGAAUCUUGGAAAGUUUAUAUCUGACAAGUCUUUUGAUGGCGUUACUCUUCGUGAUUCUUCACUGUCACAGUUGACAACAGCAUUAAGGAUUUUGUCUUUUAUUUCUGAGAACCCGACUGUUGCUGCUUCUCUCUAUGAUGAAGGUGCUGUUACAGUUAUUUAUGCCAUUUUGGUCAACUGCAGAUUCAUGCUUGAGAGGUCCUCAAACAAUUAUGAUUACCUUGUAGACGAGGGUACAGAAUGCAAUGCUACAUCAGACUUACUAUUGGAACGCAAUCGUGAGCUGAGCAUAGUUGAUCUUUUGGUUCCUUCUCUGGUGCUACUGAUUACACUUCUGCAGAAAUUACAGGAAGCAAAGGAACAACACCGGAAUACAAAAUUAAUGAAUGCUCUUUUAAGAUUACACGGGGAAAUAAGCCCCAAGCUAGCUGCAUGUGCAGCAGAGUUAUCAUCUCCAUAUCCUGAUUAUGCGAUUGGUUAUGGAGCCGUCUGUCAUUUUAUUGCGUCAGCCCUUGCCUUUUGGCCAGUACAUGGCUGGAGUCCAGGUCUUUAUCACACCCUUCUUGCCAGCGUUCGGGGUACUUCGUUGCUGACUCUAGGUCCAAAAGAAACAUGCAGUUUGCUCUACCUUUUGAUUGAUUUGUUUCCUGAGGAAGAUAUAUGGCUUUGGACUGGUGGAAUGCCUUUGUUAACUACACGAAGAAUGUUGGCUGUUGGAACCCUGUUAGGGCCUCAGAUGGAGAGGCGUGUCAACUGGUAUUUGGAAUCUGCACCCCUUGAGAAGCUGGUUGUCCAGUUGGCACCACACCUUGACAAAAUUGCAGAGAUUGUACAGCAUCAUGCCAUUUCUGCAUUAAUAGUCACCCAAGAUCUGCUGCGUGUUUUUGUAACUCGCAUUGCUCGCCAAAAUGCUAAUUAUGCAUCUAUGCUCUUGCAACCAAUAUUGUCAUCGAUCACAAGUCAUGUUUCAGAAUCAUCUCCAUCGGAUACUGAUGCAUACAAGGUUUUGAGGCUUCUUGAUUUUCUUGUCAGCCUAUUAGAGCAUCCACUUGGCAAGGGCUUAUUGUUGAGGCUGGGCACUCUUCAGACGCUAAUGAAGGUACUGGAUAGAUGUUUUGUCAUUGUUGACGUUGAUACAAAGUCAGCUCCUGAUGGUAGAAGUUCUGCAAAGGGCAGUUUUAAUUUUUUUAGUUGGUGUCUCCCGGUAUUCAAGUUUAUCACGCUUCUUUUUAAUUCUGAAACUUCUCGAUAUUACACUCGAAGACAUGACUUUAAAAAAUUUGACAGGAUGAGUGACGAAGAUUAUGCUCUCAUUUUACGUUAUCUUUUGAAGAGUUGCCAGGUCCUACCUGUUGGAAAAGAGUUACUGGCUUGUCUUAUAGCUUUCAAAGAAUUAGCUUCAUGUAGUGAAGGUCAAAUGGCAUUUGAAGCAACUCUUUCUGGUAUCCACCAUUAUGCUCGUGAACUUGAUUCUCAGAAAGAUGAUAUGGAUGUCAAUAUUCCAAGUAUAGUGGAAUGGAGAAAAUGCCCUCCUUUACUCAACUGUUGGAUGAAUUUGUUGAGAUCAAUUGACCCAACGGAGGAUUUGUCAUCUUAUGGAAUUGAAGCUGUCUAUGCUUUAUCUGUGGGGUCUCUGCACUUUUGCCCGAAUGGGGACAGUUUGAUUUCUGACAGAGUUGUUGCAUUGAAGUACCUCUUUGGGAUUUCUGAUGAUGUGACAAGAUCAUUUGACUUUCCUGAAGAAAAUAUAAAUUACAUACUAGAAUUGAGUACUAUGUUAAGUUCAAAGGCUACUGUGAAUGACUGUAUGGUCACGUCUCACUUGCAAAUCCCAUUAUACCAGGUUUCUGAUUCAGUCAAGUCAUUGUCCUUAGUAUUGCAAAGGCCUGUUGGUUCCAUGAAGUUGGGUGAUGUUUUGCCCCAAAAUGAUGUUUUAGAUUUUCCGAAGACACAUCACAUGCUUGAAAACAGUGUUGACAAGAUCGACGAUCAUCUUUACGUUGGAGGGCUUGGUGACAAAUUUCUUUGGGAAUGCCCAGAAACGUUACCUGAUAGAUUAACACAGACAAAUCUUGCUGCCAAAAAGAAACUGUCAGCAAUGGAUGGACCAGCUAGACGGGGUAGAGGAGAAAGUUAUCAAGCCGAUAUCUCUUCUCAAAAUGCUUUUUCACGAGGCUUAGCUCAGUCUACUGUUUCAUCUGGCCCUACACGUAGGGAUGCCUUCCGACAGCGAAAGCCGAAUACCAGCAGACCGCCAUCUAUGCAUGUGGAUGACUAUGUGGCAAGGGAGAGAAAUGUUGAAGGGGUUACUAACGUAAUAACAGUGCCACGAGCAGGAUCUACCGGUGGGAGACCUCCAUCAAUUCAUGUGGAUGAAUUUAUGGCAAGACAAAGGGAACGCCAGAACCCUUCAGCAACCGUAGUGGGAGAAGCAGUGGGACAUCUAAAAAAUGCUUCUCCUGUAAAAGCUACAGAUAUAGAGAAGUCAAACAAAUCUAAACAAUUAAAAACGGAUCUUGACGAUGAUCUUCAAGGAAUUGAUAUAGUUUUUGAUGGAGAGGAGUCCGACUCUGAUGACAAGUUGCCAUUCCUUCAGCCAGAUGAUAACUUACAGCAGCCUGCACCUGUUAUAGUUGAGCAAAGUUCUCCCCACUCAAUUGUUGAAGAGACAGAAAGUGAUGCUGUUGAUAGCAGUCAAUUUUCUCAUAUGGGUACUCCAUUAGGAUCUAAUAUUGAUGAAAAUGCUCAGAGUGAGUUUUCUUCAAAGGUUUCUGGUUCGCGACCUGAUAUGUCAUUGACUCGUGAAUCAAGUGUUUCUUCGGAUAGGAAGUAUGGUGAGCAGGCUGAUGACUCAAAGAAUGUUCUUCAACCUAAGAUAUCUGGCGGUUACGAUUCUGCAGCAUCAAAUAGUUCAUAUCCAGCAUCUCUUUACAACAAUCCAUCUGCAACAUCUAUGCAGUUACCAGUUGAAUCAAGGAUUGCUUCUCAGAAUUUCUAUUCAAAAAACAGUCCGCAACAUGGUGGUAUUUCUGCUGGGUCUCAAGGACUAUAUGAUCUGAGAUUUUUUUCGAACCAACCUCCUUUACCGCCCAUGCCACCCCCACCAACAGUCUCACCUGUAAUAUCACAUGCUACCGAUUCCAUGCCCGGCCAGUCAUCCUCAUUCGCUAAUUCUCCGGCAGGCUCACGGCGUCCAGUAGCAUUCCAAGUUCAGUCGGAUUAUUCAUCUCCAUUCAACAACGGUUCCAAUGCAUCUCCUGUUCCGAUGCCAGAUUCCAAAUAUUCUAGGAACUCUGCAUCUUCCCCUAGUGGACCUAGUAGACUGGCUCCCCCCCUUCCUCCUACACCACCUCCUUAUGCAUCUAGUUCAUAUAACUUAUCAUCUAUUAAAACUUCUGCCUCCCAACCUGCUCCAUAUAAUCAGUCAAGUAUUGGGACUACUGAACUUUCCCAGGCCUCAGCUGGUCCUUCGGGAGCCAGAUUGUCGUCAUAUCCACUAAAUCCUUCAAUGAUGUCCUUGGGGUUCAGUAGGCCAACAUCUAUGCCAUUGACUCUCUAUGGUAACACCUCAAAUCAGCAACAUAGUGAAAACCAUCCAAGCUUCUUGCAUAACAUGUCUGUCCCCCAAGGUUCCUUUCAGUCUAUGCAUUCAGUUACUCAGUUGCAGCCACUACAGCCCCCUCAGCUUCCACGUCCUCCGCAGCCACCACAGCUCCAUAGGCCACCUGUUCAAACUUUGCCGCAGUUGGAUCAAGGGAUGGCUGUGCAGAGCAAUGCUCAAGUGCACGAGUUACAGAUGCUGCAGCAGUCUCAGGUUUCUUCAAUGCAGACAUAUUAUCAAACCCAUCAGCAACAACAGUUUUCACAUGAACUGCAACAGCAGCAAGUUCAACAUACUCAACAAGCAGGGGAUGCUCAGUCGCAAGAGUAUUCGGAUGCUGGAAUGUCAUUGCAUGAGUAUUUCAAGUCUCCAGAGGCCAUUCAGUCUUUGUUGAGUGACCGGGACAAACUUUGCCAGCUGUUGGAGCAGCAUCCAAAAUUAAUGCAGAUGCUUCAGGAAAAGCUGUAGCAGCAAAAUGACCAUGUAGAACCUCAGAAGCACAGCUAUUUGCAUAGUUCAUACCUGUAAAUGUCCUUAUUGAUUGUCACCACAUGAGUGGUGGUGAUGUUUGUGCAUCAGCCACCAAUCAUAAGCCACCGAAAUUUUGUGUUAAUAUGUGUACAUUUUGACAUUUUUUAAUUUGUUCCAAUGCUAGUGCACAUUUUGGACGACGAUGCUUAUGGCUGUAGAGUGGGUCCUGGUGAAAUAACUGGUCCCUAUAUUUAAUGGUUCUAUUCAUUAUGCUGAUUGUUGUAUUUAGUACUGUACAUAACUAUUGCUCUUUGAAUCUUUUCAAAUGUAACAUUCCAUUACAUAAUUUUUGCUGACGUUUGUUCA